GCUCCUAUACAGUUCUGUACUCUUCAUUCUUCUUAUACUUCUCAUUCUGCCGAUCGUCUUCCAUCUUUCUCCACCAUGCAUUACUCCACUGAGUACGAUAACCAUUCAGGCUCUCUUAAUAGUCACAGUAACGCCCACGCCAAUGAAGACUGGUCCAAAAUUUCCGAUCUCGCAGAGCGCCGUCGCAUUCAGAACCGCAUAGCUCAGCGUAACUACCGCAAGAAGCUGAAGCGCCGACUGGAGGAUCUGGAGAGACGAGCUGCGUCUUCAGCUUCUCCGGAACAAUCACACGCAAAGCCAAUUCUACCAAAGUCGUCUCCGACCAAGACCCGAACAAAGAUGCGGACGUCUAUGUCUGUGGCAGAUGUCAAGCCUCACAACUCGCAUUCAUCAGACCGACCUGCGUCCUACGAGUGCUACACGAGUUCAGAUGAUCGCCAAAACAUUUUCGCUCAAGUAUGCACUCGCCAGCUCUCGGAAUUCCCCCCACAAGCCCUCUACUAUCCUUCGAUGUCCCCAUACGACGCCCACCGGCAAUCAGCCUACUUCCAGUCUCCUUUCUACCAUGCUACCUCGAUUAACUACAACGAAAUUGCCACCUAUCAGACGGAAUACAGCGAUCCAGUUUUCACAGUAGUGCCUAUGCUUCCUUCACUGCACACGGCGGGCAAAAGCGCCUACGACAAGGAUUCCACCAGUCCAUUCAGCAUACGCUACGCAACAAUGGCAGACUUCGAACUUGGGCAACAGCAGCAACAAGCACACUCCCAGAAUGCUCUGUCGAAUAGUCUUCCGCUAAUCAUCUAUCCUGUCUGCGCUUUUCCAGGUAACACCACUUGCAUACUACACGGACGAUCACUAGCGACAAUAUCUGAUGUCACCAGACGCAUUUAUUUUCACGUUCCCACUCACACCCGAAUCCGCUUCAUAUGCGAUGUGUUCCCGCCCAGUGGAAUGAUUGCGGAUAGCGUCGCAAGUUAG